AUGAAAGGAGAUGAUGACUGUCCACCCGCCGGUAGUCGAGUCUCUCUUCGGGGUAUCGAGCGAAUGGUCUCCGCAACUGACGGGGUUUCCACCAAACUCGCCCACUCAAUGCUCGUUCGAGGUGACACCGCCAAGCUGCUUCGAUUCCUCCCCACUGCAGUUCUCAACACUUUCAACAUGCACCCUCGGAUGCGAGCACUUCAAGUUCGUGAUCAACUCUUUACAGCAGAGAUCCAAGCUCCAGUAACGUCGGAAGACCUCGCAAAGUUGCUUCGAGUGAGGAUGCUGUCACCUGCAGACUAUGGAGACGGCACCCCCUCGAGCUGGCAAGCGUUCGUGGAGAAGGAGUGCAGCAUCGGCUUUGAUCGCUACAGCCAGCUCCCAUUCUGCCUGACUGUGUGGAUGGCCAAACGCAAAGACUAUGCUCGCUUCAUGCUCUUUUCGGACCAGUACAUGUCCGACGGGUUCUCGGGUCUUGUAGUGCUCAACUGCGUCCUUGAACAGGUGUCGAUACUUGCAAGAGCGAAGCAGCAACUGCCAACAAUACCGACUGUCACCGAGUUGCCAUUGCAUCCAUCGCUCUACCGGAUGUGGCUCAAGAAAAUCACAUGGGCCAAGCCGUUGCUCAAAGGAACCAAUGCCCUCUUUGGUCGACGGAUCUUCCGUGGCAACGUGCACAAGUUCACGCCUCUACUACCUGCUCGAAAAGACCAGCACGAUUUCGCAAUACCUCCUUUGACGAACAGCACCAUGGCGUUGUUUGCUGAUGGAGAACCCACUUGUAUGCAGGCAGCUCUAGUCCGAUGCAAGAAGGAGGGUGUGACAUUGAAAGGUGUCUUGAUUGUUGUCGUGCUGCUUGCAUUGUACCGCUUGCGAAAUGGCAAGGAACAGCGAGGACGGUUCAACCCGUUUCGGGUCAUGCUCGAUGUCGACUGCAACAUGCGCCCCCACGUGCAAUGCCCUGCCCACGACUAUCAAGUUGGGUUGUUCACUGCUACUACCGAGCUCAACUGGUUGACUUCAGAAGGUGUGGACAUGAUGGCGUCGCGGUUUUGGGACGUAGCUGGUCGAGCAACUCGGGAGAUUGACACCAACCUCAAGAACACGCUCAUGAUGGCAUUGCCCACUAUCACAGCUGAUAGGAAACUAAACGCGCAGAUGGACGUCUCGUUCCUGCGGAAUGUACGCGUUGCUCACUCGAUCACUUCUGACGUUGGAGUCGCAGAAGUGAUCCGGUAUCCCUUUGAAAGGUAUCACGCGCUCACAUCUUGGUCGGAUACCCAAAGCCAAAGCAGUUUCCCGUCUCAAGAACAAAGUGGUCAACUGAUCCCGUCGUCGGAAGAGGAUGAAGGGGAGUUAAUGACCCGACCUCGAUCCCUUGAGAGCACCGCCUCGACGUCACCCGAUGGACUACUGAUUGAUAGUCUGCAUGUGUACAAGGCACUGCCUCACCUCGCUGCAUCCGCUACUAUUUUCCUGUCGGCAGUGAAUGCGUUCGGGUACUCGAUAGCACACAAAGUUGAGCCGGGUAUCGGGAAAAAGCUGUUCACGUCGCUAGUGUUGAUCUGCGAAAGCUUGGGCAGCAUCGGACGGGAUGAGACCCUCAUGGACGUCUUGGAUCGCUUGGAUGACGACCAAGGUUAG